AUGCCGACGAUGGCAGGGAACAUCAUCCGUUCAUCGUUCAGCACAUCUUGUCGUUUCCCGCUCGAGGACGAGGCCUUCGAGGAUGACGCCUUCGAGGACGACGCCUUGGACGACGAGUCCCUUCUUUUCCUCGGAUCUAGGCUGCUCGACCUCGACGAAGGCGACGACGAAGACGGAGAUCGACCGGUUGCCAUUGAGAUCUUCGGUGUCGAGAACGAGAUCUUGGAGCCUACGGAUCUCGACGUUCGAGUUAACAUUCCAAAUACGUCAAUUGGACAAAAAAAGGAUACAAGUUCCAGUUGA